CACGAAAAUAAAAUUCCUGCACUACAUAGCACCACUUCUGCUUCAGUUUCCACCCAGUACGUUCAAACUUAAGUCAACCAAGCAUGCCUUCUACACCACGCAGCUCCAAGCGCCCUGCGACGCAGCUGCUGGAGAGUCCCCCCAAGAGGCACAGUCCUGAGAAAGCAGACGCGCCGCCGACAGAAGAGCUGCGCUUGACCCCAUCCAAGGAGACCAUAGAUACACUCACUCGCAUUCGGAGUCUCUCGCUGUCCCCGGGCGUAGGCUCCGCUUAUGCGAGAGCCAGGAGCACCAAAUCGCCGUCUCCUCGCAUAGGCGCGCAUGCUAGAAACAAGAGCACCAACUCGCUGCCUAUUGGCCUUAUUAUCGCUCUUACUAGAAGCAGGGACACUACCUCGCCGUCUCCUGGCAUUGGCACCGCCCACGCUAGUAACAAGAGCACCAACCCGCCGGAAGUCCCGAAGAAUCUAGCCUCCAAGCGCAAGGAAUACGCGUGGGAAGCGGCUCAUGCGCGUUAA